AUGGAAGUUCUUUCUUUGAUUUCUGCACCAAAAUAUCUAGAAAAGCAGGUGAUUGUUGUUGACUUUGGUUACCUUUUGAAGUCUUCAUUGAUAAAGAAAGUGGAGGACACUGAAGUUGAUACAACAGAGCUAAGUGCUAUCAAGACUUUUCGCCCUCUUUUUGUCUUUAUGGUUGAUUUUUGGGCCUGGUUCCUAAACCGAAAAGGGUUUGAGUGUUAUUGUAUUCGGACUGGUAGUGUACAACUUGAUAAUAAAAGAUAGGGUUCUGUAAACCGUUGUGUCUUCCUUCACAGCUUCUGGAAUGGGUCCAAGGUACUAUCUAAAUCCUAGCUUCCCUCUCGAUUAGGUUUCUUAACUAAUUUUUUUAAUAUCUUUAUGUUUCGAAUAAGCUAUCAAAUAAUGAAACAUUGGAUUUCUGUUUUUCAAUCCCACCUAGGUUUGUUUCUUCAUUGUUUUUUAGACAUUACCGCAUUAACCAAACUGAUAAAGGACUAAGUAUAAGUUUAGUUAUUUUUUUCUUUUGUCUCCUUUUAUUAACUAACAACUAUCUUUGUUCUUUGUUUGGUGAUUCCAAGUUGAUUCUUUAUCAACAAUGAUAUCCCUUAAACUUAUGUUUCUCUGUUGGUACUGUUUACUUCCUUAUGUUACUAUCUUCUCAAUUCACUAAAUACUUAAUAAGAACUAUAAAUAACAAUCAUAAAGAAACAUGGAGCAAGAGAAGGAUGUGGUUGGUUUGGUUGCUAAGGAGCAAGAGAAGAGGUAGAUUGCAAUUUCUUUUGAGUGUGAAACACUUAAAGCAGAUGAAGCAGCAGAAGGGCAUAUUAGGCAGUUCAUGCCCAAAUUAACUGGAUUAGAUGCUGUUGGUAAGCAUAUCUUCAAACUCAGUGCAGUUAAUAUUGGGAACAGGAGUAUCACAGGUUUGGACUUGAAAGCAGAAGUGGGACGUUUGGAGUAGAAAUCUACCCUUUGUUAAAAUUUGUUUAUAUUAAAUCUAUCAAUGUUAGAAUUAAUGAAUCGUUUGAUGAUAAACAUGGUUAGUGAAUCUAACUACGACAACAAUGGUCCCUAAACUAUAUGGAAGUACAAAAGUAUGCUAACAAUCAAAUUUUAUGAUUUAUUAUAGGGAAAAGGCAGUCACAUAUUACAAAAGUUGUCAUUACAAACACUAUUUACAUUUCAAAGUUUGUCAUUAAAAAAAGUAAUAAAUUAUUUAAAAAAGAGUAAAUGGAACAUUUCUUUCAUUGCUUAUCCAAGUUCAUGAUUUUUUGGUUUUUAUUUUUUUGACUGCGAAUUUACAGGGCGUCGGUGUUAUCUAGAGUAUCAUGGACGUCAAAAUGACGGGUGAAAUCCAAAGCUUAUGUGCCCGGAAAAUUGGUCAAACCCAAGUUCUAUAGAAAGAUUUAUUGUGUUGUUGUUUACAAACCCACCAAGGUGUGGGACAGGGGCAAUUCUGUCUUUUUUUGUCUAUAAAUUUGUUUGUGUUAAUAUACUGCUAUGGUUAGUGAAACUUCUGCAGAGCUUCCUGAGGCUGUAUGGAAAGAGAGCUCAAAGAAAACUACAAAGUCAAAGAGAGAUGCACAGGUAGUUUCUCGCAACAUUUAUCUGAAUUUCUUCUGCUCUCAAACUUAGAAAGACACAUCAGCUUCUGUAAUUAGAGGAUGAGGAUGAUGUAAGUCUCAAUCCUUCUUUUUAUUGUUGCAUAAACAAGAAUAUUUUUUUAUCGAUUUUAUCAUUCAUGUCGAUAAGUUUAUGAUGAACAGCUGCAAUUAAAAACCAAAAAUUCUGACCC